UAACUGUCUUCAUCAUCUUUCCCGCUCUACUCUGAAACCCUAGGGUUUGAGUCUUCCACGGUUUUUUUUUCUCAGCGAUUUGAAUCGUUCGUUGUUUUGUGAAUUAAUUCGUUUCUCUGAUGGUUUUGCCCAUGGCGAUUGCACUUGGAAUUCUCUUUGCAGUGGUCGUGGUCCUUUAUCCGCUAAUCCUUCAUCUCAUUCCGGUGGUGCUGCUCUGCGUCUCAGGCCUCUUUGCCAAUCUGGUUCAGGCGUUUUGCUUUGUUUUUAUCUGGCCGAUCUCAAAGAAUGCAUACGCAAGGAUAAACGGCGUGGUUAAAGAAUUGGAUUGGCUGGUUCUUCUAGGCCUCAUUGAUUGGUGUGCUGGCGUUAAGAAAUGUAGUCUUUCUCUCUACCUGCUGCAGAUCCUAGAGUGCGUAGAGCAGGAAAGCAGUCAUUUAAAGGGUGAAGAGCAUGAACUUGUCAUAUCCAGUGCUAGAAAUGAUACCGAUCCUCUUCUUGAAUUGGUUCUCGCUCAGUGGUCAGGUUGCCUGGGCAGUUUAUUAGCUGUAAUAAAGACAACAGCAAGAUACAUUCUGGUCAGAGGGUGGCCAAUGUGGUUUUCUGAAUAUGUUUUUUCAGAAAGAAGUGCCCAUGAUGCAAGAAAACUUAAGUCAGAUCUAAAGGACUUCCGUCAGCCCUUUUGGUUUUCUGUUGUCCUAGAAAGAACUGGUUUUACUCAGGGAGAGCUUCUAGCUGCACAGAGGCUUCCUGUCCCUUGCAAGGUUUUGAGUCCUGAUACUAAGGAUUUGGUCUAUGCAGUGAGACGUGCGUACUCUGUUGUUCCAGCCAUUUAUGUUAUAACAGUGGCUUUUCCUAAAACUCCACCUUCAACUACAGUUGAAAGUGUAAUUAAAGGGGGACUUUCUGUGGUGCAUGUGUACAUUAAAAGGCAUGCGACUAAAAAAUGGCCUGAAACUGAUGAUGCUGUUGAAAAGUGGUGCACAGAAAUACUUGAAGCCGAGGAUGCAUUACUGGACAAACAUAUAGCAGAACGAACUUUUGGCGUUAAAGGAUUGCAAGCUAUUGGUCGGCCACUAAUGUGUUUCUUGGUUAUAUCUCUAAUUGUGUUGUGGGCUCUAAAGUUCAACUUUGUCUGCUGUUCCACACUGCUUGUAUUGAGUGCUGCCCUCUUUACUGGUCGGAUGCUUACUCUGUUCAGCUGUGGAGUGCUUUCGCUGUUGCAGUGUUUCAUGGAAGCCGCUAUAGCAAACAUUAGUUGGUCAGAGCACCUCAAGCCCAUCUGUGGCUGGUUGAUUAAUAUUCUUGGAGACUUGCUUUUGUUGCUCCCUUUUGAUUAACAUUCUUGGUGGUAAUAAACUUCAAAAAGUCUUCUCUUAGGCUUGUGUAUGAUGAUAGUAGAAGGAUUUUUCUAACAUGGCACAUGGCACAAUUAGGAAAACUAAUCCUCACAAGCACAUUUUUCCCUUGCUUGUGAGAAAUCUAUUAAAAGUGAAGACCAACUUUCCCUUGCUUUGCAA